AUGAUUGAUCGUCGAAAUAUCACGAUAGCAUCGUAUACUAAUUUAAGAUACAAGCCUGAUAAUUUCACUUUCGUUGGUGUGUUAUCUGCUUGUAGUCAAGCUGGUUUGCUUGAUCUUGGACGUCUGUAUUUUAGAUCAAUGGUCCAAGAUUAUGCAAUUUCACCCGAUUUGCAACAUUAUGGAUGCAUGGCGAAUCUUCUAGGUCGAGCUGGGUUGUUUGAUGAAGCAGAAGCUUUGAUUCUUAAUAUGGAAAUGAAACCAGAUGGUGCAAUCUGGGGUUCUUUGCUUGGAGCUUGUAGGGUUCAUAAACGCGUCGAGUUAGGUGAAUCUGUGGCCAAGCGCCUUCUUGAGUUGGAGCCUGAAAAUCCUGGGGUUUAUGUUCUUUUGUCAAAUAUAUAUGCAGGAGCUGGUAGAUGGGACGAUGUAGCUCGAAUAAGAACCUUUCUAAAUAAGAAGGGAAUGAAGAAAGUUCCCGGUUGCAGCCCUAUUGAGGUUGACAGAGUUGUUCACGAGUUUCUCGUCAGCGACAAAGUGCAUCAUCGCUGCAAAGAAAUUUACGACAUGUUGGAUGAAGUCGACAUGCUUUUGGAGAAGGCUGGAUUUGUACCCGAUACAUCAGAGGUUCUUCAAGAUAUGGAUGAGGAAUGGAAGGAAGGGGCCUUGAGUCAUCAUAGUGAGAAGUUAGCCAUUGCUUUCGGAUUGAUCAGUACGAAGCCCGGGACAACAAUAAGAAUCGUAAAAAACCUCAGGGUAUGCGGAAAUUGCCAUUCGGCUACGAAGCUGAUAUCGAAGAUCUUCAAUAGAGAAAUUAUUGCCAGAGACAGAAACCGUUUCCACCAUUUCAAAGAUGGUUCCUGCUCAUGCAAUGACUACUGGUGAAACACAAUCAACUUGCAGUAUCAGGCAAGAACUUCUAGACCACAUCCA